AUGUGCACUUCAUCGUCAUUCCAAUCUACGUCUCUCAACCAGGAGUUCCACACAUACGAGAGUGAACUGUCCAGCCUAUCCUCGAAGUCACCGUCAUCAAACACCCCAAUGUUCAUGCGUGGCAGACCCAACGAGCCUCAAUGUUUCCAUUGCGGAUGGAGAGGCGGCCAUGCACCAGGGUGCCCUUUCAAGUCUCAUUUCCAAUGCCACUCGCUCUCGCCUCAUCCAUUUUUCAGCUUCAAAUUUGUUAUCAUUGAUUUCUACUGA